AUGAAGCCCACCUCUGCGGUAUGGAGCGAUAUGCCUGGACCCAAGAACCCUUGGUGGGGUGACAAGGAGGGCGGUAUUCAGAAGAUUCGCGGUGUUACUACCUACACCGUAUCUCCCUUUCGCCAGCGUGCUGCCUCCCAUAUGUUCAGCGGUUAUCUGUUCAAUGGCUACCGCCGCCUCUCUAAACAGUUCAUCUUCUGGUCUAUCCCAGUCGCCGUAGGCUACAGCACCUACGCGUGGGCGAAGAAGACUGAUGCCUGGAUGAGCAGCAAGGAGGGUCACCUGGCUUUGGCCGAGCACCACGAGUAG